CCUAGUUUUGUGGAAAUUCAAGACGCAGGCAGCACACUGGAACAUUUCCUGAGAAGCAAGCGGACGAACAGUGUUGAGCUCUUGUCUUGUACGGGGAAACUGUGAACAUGGCUGGAGUUAGCGGCUGCAUGAAGUACUCGAUGUUUUUCUUCAACUUCUUGUUCUGGCUAUGUGGAUGUUUCAUACUUGGAGUUUCGAUUUGGCUCCGUGUGAGCAAAGAUGUCCAGCAUACCGUACAAGCAGACAUCCCUGCCGUCAACCUUAUGAUUGCCAUUGGGGCCAUCAUAAUGGGGCUUGGGUUUUUCGGCUGCUGUGGUGCAAUCCGAGAGAGCAGGUGUCUGCUUCUUCUGUUUUUCAUCGGAUUGCUCCUCAUCUUUAUCCUCCUGGUCACUGCAGGAAUCCUGGGAGUUGUGUACAGAUCGAAGGCUGAAGGGGUGCUUACAGACACUCUUCAAAAGUACAUUCCCAUUGAAUCACAGCCAGCUGAGUUCAAGACGGACAUUGAAAACCUGCAAACUCAGGGCAAGUGUUGUGGACUGAUCAAAGGUGCCCAGGACUGGGGAGGUGUGCCUCCAGCCUCCUGCAAUUGCAGUGAUGAUCCUGCUUCAGACUGUACGAUCUAUAAUGGCAGAAAAGUGUACAAACAGCCUUGCCUGCAGUUCCUGACUGAUAUGAUGGCUAAACACGCUGGGAUUAUUCUCGGAGUGGCCUUCGGGCUGGCAGUUGUCAUGCUCUUUGGUUUGGGCUUCUCGAUGUCACUCUACUGCCAGAUUGGCAGAAAAUGAGAAGAUGCCAGACCGCAUUCUAAUUUUUUUCUCAGCAAUGGCUCUUGGCUUCUCGCUCACGCAGAAAAUGAACAAGAAUGAUUACAGAGCAUUAUUUUUUUAAUGUAAGCAUUUAAAUCUAAAAACGUAUUUAACAAUGUAAUGACUUAUGCUGUGCCAUUAACCCAAAUGGCGUAAAUGCUGUAUUUGUUGGCUGUGUAUUACUAGUGGAGGUCAAUAUUUGAUUAAAUACUUUUUUUAACUUCUGGUAUAAAGGGAAUUGUGUUGCUUUUACCAAACACUGUUUUAAUAGCUUAUAUUUACAUUUGUAUUGCCAAAUAUGUUCUGAACGCCUGCAUAUUAAAGGUAGCUGAUGUUUUAGUGUA